UAGCUUCUUUUAGGACACUAGGAAAGCACAAUAGUCGUAUUUGAGAUUAGACACAAAAACAAUGGAAUGGAAGAAGUGUUAUCUCGAUGUAGUGUUGGUGCCAUUAUCAUUCAUGAUCACUAUCGGCUAUCACAUAUGGCUAUGGCAUAAGGUCCGAACGCAACCACUAUCUACAAUUAUCGGCACCAACAAUCAUGGACGCCGCUUGUGGGUAUCGACCAUUAUGGAGGAUAAUGAUAAGAAAAAUAUAUUGGCUGUUCAAACACUUCGAAACACAAUAAUGGGAGCAACCCUGAUGGCAACAACAUCAAUACUUCUGUGUUCGGGUCUAGCAGCAGUCAUUAGCAGCACGUACAGCGUUAAGAAACCAAUCAACGACACUCUCUAUGGGGCUCACGGAGAAUUUAUGGUAGCACUGAAAUACGUUACACUCCUGCUUGUAUUCCUCGCGUCUUUCAUGUGUCACUCUCUAUCGAUCAGAUUCAUUAAUCAAGUUAACUUCUUGAUCAACUGCCCACCGGAAUCAACAGUGACAUGUGAGUAUGUUUCUGAGCUUUUAGAAAAAGGGUUCACACUUAAUGCAGUGGGGAAUCGGAUUUUCUAUUCAGCACUUCCGCUCAUGCUAUGGAUAUUCGGCCCUGUGCUUGUGUUUGUUUGUUCAAUCACCAUGGUACCUAUGUUGUAUAAUCUUGAUCUCGUGUUUGGAAAUUCCAAGGAGAAGAAGAUGAGUGAAAUGGCAAAUGGGGUGUGAUUAAUGGCAUGUAAUUAUAAUUUGUAUGGAUGCAUUAGAAUGGCGUCAUGUUGUUUAAAUGUAAAAGGGAUUGAUGUGUUCAAGUAUCUUAUGAAUCUA